AUGAGGUUCACAGAUAUCAAUUAUAUGUUACAAGUACUGAUACAUAAAUUGGGGACAAGUGUAUGUGUCUUUCUUUUGUUGUGUAACAACAAUGUUGCAUACGGUUUAUUUCAACCAGGAAAAGAAUAUACAUACUCUUAUAAUGCACUUUCAAGUUCUGGCGUUUUAUUGCCAUCUGAGGCAGCAUCUUCUUGGGGCUUUCAUGGAAAACUUGUAAUCCAAGCAGAAGAAAAUGUAGCUACAAUGCAGUUAGAGUCAUUAAAAAUGACUAUUUGGAAUGGUAAGAUGCAGGAGAAGAGAGAAGAUCAAGAUACUACCGAUGAUAUAGCUGAUCUUCUGAAACCAUUUCAAAUUACGUAUGGGAAUGGUCUUGCCGAAAAUUUCAGCACAGAAGCUACAUCCCCAUGGUCUGUAAAUAUAAAACGGAGUAUAUCAGGAAUUUUCCAAUUAGAUCUUCCUAAUUUAGAGAAGGAAGUAGCUUUUCAUUCGACUGAAAGAAACCAUUAUGGUGAAUGUAACAUGGAAUAUGUUGCUAAUCCUGAAGAAGAAGAUCAAUGGGUGAUAAGAAAAUUUGUAGAUCCUCGAACAUGUUUUGGUCAUCCUCAUCACACAUGGUCUAAUGUUCCUAAAAUGCAGUGUCCUAAUGCCGAUCAAAAUGCAAUAUUAAAAUCUAGUGAACGAUUGUACAAAGUUAAGGUAAAAGAAUCCUUAAACGAAAUUUUAUUUGUCAAUGCUACUGGGGGAAUAUAUGUUCAACCUUUUCAAAGUUUUGGAGAAGCACAAUUUCAUUUUACAAGGCAAAUCUUUAAGUUAAUUUCUGUGAAAGAUAUAGUUAAUAAAAUACCUACGCAAAAUUUAGUCCCUAAAGUUUUGCAACAUGAACUUCCAGAUUUUGAUCUUACCCAAGGUAGAGGUACACCUGACAAAAUUACUGUUCUAAAAUCUAUAGGAACUUUAUUAGAUAGAUUAAGCCAGAGACUUGAAAACCCUGGUUUGGACACAGAGACUGAUAAUUUACACAACACAACAAUUUCGAUUUUAUUCUAUUAUCUUCAGAUGCUAGAUAUUGUUGAUUUACGUGCUGCAUAUACUAAAAUUUCAGGAACAAGUUACAAAGAAGAAACAGUACGGAAUAUGUUUCUUGAAGCUCUUCCGCAAAUUGGUACAAAAGAAGCUGCAUUAUUCAUCCUAGAAUUAAUACAAGAUAAAAAAGUAUCAGACAUGUCUGCGAUCCAACUUCUUACUCAGUUACCGUUUCAUGUCCGAAAGCCUGAUGUUCAAUUAUUAGUAAAUCUACAGACACUUCUAAAUCUACCAGAAAAGAUUUCUGCUGAAGUCCAAAAUACUGCUAUUCUUACAUAUGGGACACUGAUCUACAAAACAUGUUUAUUGUAUUGUCCGUAUGAAAUGUUAGAUGAUUAUGUACGGCUAUACUUGGAUAAAUUUACAGAGUCACAGAAGUACGAGAAGAAAAUGAUUUGGCUCGAGGGAUUAGCAAACAUACAAUUAGGACGAGUCGUUGAAUUUUUAGAACCUAUUGCAAGUGGUAAUAACGCAGAAUCACGUCAUUUUCGGGUUCUUGCUGCCUGGGCAUCACUUCCAACAGCUCCGCUGAGACCUGAUGUUAUAUAUCCAGUCUAUUGGCCAAUUUUAAUAAAUAGAACUGAGCAUUUAGAAAUAAGAGUGGCUGCAUUAACGUUACUGAUUGUUUCUAGUCCUACGCCAAGCAGAUUGAUAUCAUUAUAUUGGUAUAUGCAAAAUGAACCCAAUCAGCAUUUGUAUAAUUAUUUUUAUACUACUUUAAAAUCCAUGGAACGAACCACGUAUCCUUGUUACGUUCAUAUAGGUGUUAUAGCUGCACAAUUUACACGAGUACUUCAUCGAUCUCCGAAAAAUCAGUAUUUAAUUACUGGUAAUUAUUUAUUUGACUAUCAAGAUACAUAUAGGAAGUUUGGAGCAAUGAUAGAUGGUAUUGUCAUUGCCAAUCCUUUGACAAACAUACCUGAGGUUUUAUAUGUGACCCUCAACACCUAUGGAAGUGCAAUUAAUAUAAAUCAUUUAUCUUUGUACAUAAAAGGUGAAGGCCUUCUACAGUCAUUAUCAACAUAUCUUGAUGGUCCGUCUCAAGUUAAGGAUAUAUUAAAGCAAUUCAAAGUGGAUCAGAAGGAAACUAAUCAUGUACACUUAGAAGUAAUUGCUCGUAUUCAAGAGAAAACAGUUCUAUGUCUUCAUUUAAACGAAACAAAUAUUGUAUCAGGAUUUAAGUAUCUCUCAUCUUUACCGAGUAAACUGUAUCAUAUAUAUCAAAACGUAGAAUUUCAUGUUAAUCAACAACGUAUCAACGUACCUGUGACACUAGAAUCGAUGCAAGUCACAGAUUUAGGAGCAAAUGCUAGAAUUGCAGUGACCACUACAUCGUUAUUCUCAAUGAGAGGAAAUUUUACACAUGUUACAAUUGGUCGUAAUAAUCAUGUCAUACUACGAACGUCCAUUCAUAGGUCAGAAGUAAUUGAAAAUUAUAAUCCUUUAAUAAAUGUAUGGCAUAGUGCAGAAAGGGCACAUUCCAUUCACGCGUAUGUACCAGUCAAUAUUACACUUGGAUUUGAAGAUCGACCCUUUAUUUCCUAUAAUACUCCUGAAGAUCAUCUUAAAAUGGGUCUCACAGUUCAUGCCAGAACAUCUACGAAUAUAAGGGGUGCAAAUGUUGAAUCAAAAUUACAAAAACUAUGUCCCAAUUGCACCCAAUUGUAUAUAGUUAACAAAUCACCGACAUAUAAACCAGAAGAUGUACAGCUGCUUCAAGUUGAGUUAACAGAAUUGGGAGGCCAAGUAUGCUUGAAAUUAUUUGACUGUGAAGCUAUAAUAUCACGAGAGAAAUUAAUUCGUGAUGUAUUUUCGUCACAUCAAGCUAAUUAUCCUAUUUGGCCAUUUCUGCAGUUUGCUUUAACAGCACUUCAUUUCUUAGAUUACUACACAUACGUUCCACCAAAAGGUAGUUGUGGUUUAGCUGCUUAUAUUAGUACAAUUGAUACAAAACGAACUCAAGUAAGGUUUGAAUAUAUCAAAGGUCCAAGUCAUCAUACGUUUUCCUUAACACGUCGCAGUGCUGAAACAUCAGAGAUUCUUCAGCAGUGGAAUUUAGCUGGACUUUACGAGGCUACGAGUUGGAUCUCUGACAUGAUGAAAGUUAAAGCGACUAAAGUAGUACCAGGACAAAAAGUUUUUAAGUUUUGCUUAGAAGCAGAAAAAGAGAUACCUUGGGAGUGGGACUUCCUUAGUAUUAAACCAAGUGAACCAGCUAGAAUAGUAUUAAAUGCUGUUUGGGGACUUGCCGAUACAGCAAAAGGUAAAUGUGCCGGGUCUACGGUAACAUUGAAUUUACUCGGUGAAAUCAGUAAUGAUCAACUAGAAAAAGCUAAAGAAACACAAUGGCCAUAUGGGGAAUGUCGAGAGCAAUCUAAGGGAAAGCAGUUCACACCAUUCUCUGAUGCAUGCUACGAAGCUUCGAGGGAGUUAUCAACUUUAAGAAAAUACCAAAUCACUGCAAUACAUGAAAAUUUGCCAGAAAGCUUAAUGAGAUUAGCUUGGAAAUUCCGUGCCUUUUAUGAUUUAAUCGGCGGAAACAGUAGUUGGAGCUCGUUGUCUAAGGAAUUUGUUGUGACUGCGACAUUUCCGAAUGAAUCAGAAAUUGGUGAAUUGUCACUUAACAACGAUAAAGUGGCUAUCGAAUAUAAUUAUUAUUUUAUCGACACAUUCUUAACAAGAACUAGAAUUCACAAAUACAUGGACUGGUCGUUUGUGAAAGCAUUUUUCAGCACAUGUAUUGUGACACCGGAGAUUAUAAGAUCAACUCACAACGUGAAUUAUUCGUUCCGCAACAAACAUGAGGUAUUGUUAUUUGGACAGUGCUACAAUGAGAAUCCAAAAUAUGCACUAUCGGCACGCAAUGAUUUAUAUGGCGUUAAUAUCAAUGUCUAUGAUGAAAUAGAUACUGUACGAAUUAUACCUAAUGAGAUUGGAGGAACUUUGUAUAAUAAUACGAUAUAUAUUCCAUUACCACAAAGCUAUAUGUUCCACACCCUGGGUUCUAAAAAGGUAAGAUUGGAUACAAAUACGAUUGAUAUGAUAGUUCCUAAUCUGUCUUUAUAUAUACAUUGGAGUCAAGAACAGAUUCUUUUAUUCUUCCCAACUUAUUUACUAGAAUUUAGUUGUGGUAUAUGUACGCUACAAACUCCUAAUACUAAUAAUUUAUAUGAAAAAUUGUAA